CUGUCAUUGACGGCAGAGAUAAAGAAGGUCUGUCAAUAAUUUGGUUAUUUUUGUAAUUAAAAAUGAGCGAAAAUAACGAAAUAACAGUCAAUUUAAACGAAAUAUGCCGGUGUUGCUUGUCGAAGAAAGAAAAUAUGAAAAAUCUAUGCGCACAGGGCGAAGAAAUUCAGGCCGUAUUAGUGAAAUUGUCUGCAAUAACAAAUUUGGAGAUCACUUUAAAUGAAACAUUACCGUGUUUUCUGUGCGAUUCUUGCGAGUUCAAGCUAGAAAUAGCGGAGGAUUUUAGGUUACUAUGCAGAAAAUCCAAUGAUUUUAUUUUAAAGUGUUUAUCGAGUGAUAAGCCUGUAGAAAUUGAUUUAGGUGCGGAUAAAACGCACGUGGAUACUGUAAAUAUUGAAAUAGAGCCUGAUAAUGGCAUUAAGAAUAAUAACAUAAAAAAUCCACGUGAUAAAAGAAAAUUAAAGCAAUUCCCCAAGGAUAAAGUCCUAGAAGCAAUAAUAGAAGUCAAUAAAGAAAGUUUAAAGGACACAAAGUGUUUAUUUUGUGGAUAUAAAAGUAAAAAUAUGAAAAAUUUGUCGGUUCAUAUGACCAAAACACAUAGUGAACUUAAGAAUGUAUGGUGUAAAUAUUGUAACAAGCAAUUUGAGGAUUUAAAGUUGCAUAUCAAAGAGUUUCAUUUUCAAAAUAAGUUGAUUUGUAAAUUUUGUAACAAAAGUUUUACCAUGUCUAGUCAUUUAAAGGAACAUUUACGAUUUCAUACAGAUAUUCGUCAAUUUUCUUGCAGUCUCUGUAACAAAUUGUUUACAACAGCUAAUAAAUUAACGAUGCAUAAAAAAAGUCAUGGUGUCAUUUUUAGUUGCUCUGUUUGUCCUAAACAAUUUCUAGAAGAAAAUUUGUUGGUAUUGCACGAAAAAGAUUGCAAGGAAGUUGAGAAAGAAUCCUGUGAAAAAUGUAAACAAAAAGUCCAAAACUUGCAAGAACAUGUUGAAAAUUGCCUUGGGGAUAAAAUUGAUGAAAAUAAAAAGUAUUUGUGUAAUUAUUGUGGAAAGUAUUUUAAAUCUGGCAGACUCACGAUUCACACUAGGAUACAUACUGGCUAUUGCCCGUACAAAUGCCAGUACUGCGAAAAAUCUUUCAAAACCAAAACUCAACUGGUUCACCACGUGAGAACGCACACCAAAGAGAAGCCCCACGUGUGCAGUUUUUGCAACAAGGGUUUUUCGCAAUCGUCCAUUUUGAAAACCCACAUGAAAAUCCACACUGGUCGGACGGAAGUUUGUCUUUUAUGCGAAAAACGAUUUUGCCGCCCAUCCGAGUUGAAGAUACACAUGAGAACCCACACAGGUGAGCGGCCGUAUGUGUGCAAAAUAUGCGGGCAAGGUUUUAUUCAGGCGGGAAAUUUGAAGGAUCAUUUAACAUUUCAUACGGACGAAAGAAAUUUUAGGUGUAAUUUUUGCGAAAAAUCUUUCAAGAAAAAUUCUUCUCUUAAAUGUCACGAAAAAACACAUUUGGGUGAAAACCCAUAUAAAUGCGAAUUUUGUCCGUUUUCUUGUAGGCAUAAGCAUAGUUUAAACCAGCACAUUUCCAAUAUGCAUGAGGAUUAUAUGCAUACAUGCAAUUUUUGCGAUAAAAAAUUUGGAAUACUUCUGGAUUUACAAAUUCAUAUAAAUAAUUUUCAUAAUCAUUAUAUAUUAACCAUUGAAAAUGUACCUAUUAAUCAAUAAAUAAAUUUUAA